AUUUAUCAGUCAUAUUUGGUGUAAUUUACGUCCACUCGUCCACGGCGGUGCCCCGACGAGUGUCAACCCCUGCUCGUGUCUGCUAGCUCGCUUUGACACCGAUCAGUGUUGAGCUACAUGUGUCCGAAGCUACGCUGCCGGUCUGAUUAACGUACAGCAUCGAUUUCUGUUGCGUUAAGCAAACCAGUGUGGCGAAAUCAGGAAUCAGUUUUUUUCCGGAAUCAUGAAUUACGCUCGUUUCCUGACGGCCGUUAGUGCAGCCAGAAAGCCCUCUCCCAUCAGGAUGCUGACCGAGCUGCAGCAGCGGUCGCCUCCGACCCUGAUCUCUCUGGCCGGAGGAGCGCCGAACCCCAACACCUUCCCCUUCCAGUCAGCGUCCAUCACGGUGAAGAAUGGACAGACGGUCACCUUCGAUGAAGCCGCGAUGAAGAGAGCGCUGCAGUACUCCGCCUCGAAUGGAAUCCCCGAGCUGCUGACGUGGAUGAAGAACCUGCAGAAGAACCUCCACAAUCCACCGACCGCCAGCUACACCCCAGAGAACGGCCAGAUGGAGAUGUGUGUGACGACGGGGAGCCAGGAGGGGCUCUGUAAGGUGUUUGAGAUGCUGGUCAACCCUGGAGACAACGUUCUGCUGGAUGCACCCACGUAUUCAGGCACACUGGCAGCGCUUCAGCCGCUGGGUUGCAACUUAAUCAACGUUCCCAGCGAUCAGCACGGCAUGAUACCUGCAGCCCUGAAGCAGGUCUUGUCUCGGUGGGACCCCUCAGAAGUCCACCAGCCCGGCAGCACCGCUCCCAAAAUUCUCUACACCAUCCCCAACGGGGGAAACCCCACUGGUGCCUCCAUGACGGCUCAGAGGAAGAAAGAAGUGUAUGAGAUGGCCAGGCAGUACGACAUGCUCAUCAUCGAGGACGACCCGUACUAUUUCCUGCAGUUUAACAAGCCGUGGGCUCCCACGUUUCUCUCCAUGGACGUUGACGGGAGGAUCAUCAGGACAGACUCUUUCUCUAAGAUCCUGUCUUCAGGUCUGAGGAUAGGUUUUGUGACCGGCCCGAAACCGCUGGUGGACCGGGUGGUCCUGCACAUCCAGGCCUCAACAAUGCACACUAGUACCUUCACGCAGCUCAUGGUGUCUCAGUUGUUGCACAGCUGGGGUCAAGAGGGUUUCCUCCAGCACAUAGACAGGGUGAUUGAGUUUUACAGGAAACAACGUGAUGCCAUGAUCAGCUCUGCAGACAAGUGGCUCAAAGAUGUAGCAGAGUGGCACACCCCAUCAGCAGGCAUGUUCCUGUGGAUCAAACUAAAGGGCAUCGCUGAUACCCAACAGCUCAUUAUGGAGAAGGCGUUGGAGAAAGAGGUGCUUCUGGUUCCCGGAGGCGUCUUCAUGAUCAACAGCAGUGACCCCUGUCCCUAUGUCAGAGCGGCCUUUUCUCUCUCCACACCAGAACAGAUUGAUGAGGCUUUCAGAAGACUCUCUUCACUCAUCAAAGAAGCUCUGUGAUGAGAGAAUUAUUUUUCCCUGGAAGAUCACGUAUUUUAUCUAACUUAUUGCUGGAGGCUUUUAUGUUAAAAUAUAUUAUUAAGUCUAAAUAUAUUUUAAUAUUUUUGUUACCUCUGACUAUAACUAAACCACGCUCAAGAGAAGACAUUCAGAAUUUUUUUUUGUUUGUUAUGUUUGUUUGGCUGCAUGUCCAUUCAGCAUAGUGCUGAUCAUUGAUAGCUGUUUGCAGAAAUUAAAAAAAAAUGGAAUCACUGAGUUGUCAACCUCUUAACUUGUUGCUCAAUCAUCGAACUGCACACUGAACAUGUCGUUGUCUGUUCAAUGCACAAAAAGUAAACUAUACUUUUUUAAAUUAUA